UAAUCAGCGGUUUGGGAUUAAUGUGACCAAAUGCAGAGAAGAUUCAGAUCAACAGAAUAAAACUUACGAUGCUGCAGAACAACCAGAACAAUCUGGAUUAGAAGCAGUUCAAUAAUUCAUAUCUGUCCUUCUUCCUCCUGGCCGCCAGGGGGCGGUACGCAGCGCGAGGCCGCGUCACCAUGUGAUGACACGUCACUACGUUAUGAAAACAGGCGCGUGUGCGGUGGCGGCAGGUUUAAAGAGUCCAGGUUUGGAGCGCAGAGAGAAACGUCUGGGUGAAAUCCGGGAUUUAACGGCGGGAUUAUCGGGAUUACUGAGGAACAUGUCGGAGGACAGCCUUCCCCUGCAGGAGCUCUCCUGCCAGAAGCGGUUCGGCAUCAAGAGGAAGAGCCUCGGUUCCGAGUCCACUCCGACCGACCUGGUGCUGCUGCGCUCCCCGCGGCCCAAGCAGCCCUGGCCGGCCUGCCUGGGCAAGGAGAACCGGGAGGGCCGGUUCGUCCUGGCCCGGAGGUCCCGGAGGAGGUGGCGGUCCAACUCAGGUGUUUCCUGGGAUCACCUGCCGGACGAGCUGCUGCUGCGGAUCUGCGGCUGCCUGCCGCUGCCGGACCUGCUGCGGGUUUCUGCGGUUUGCCGCCGCUGGCGCCGCCUGGCGCUGGACGAGUCCCUGUGGGUCAGUGUGGACCUGGAGGGCCUGACCCAAACGGGCCCGGCUCUGCGUUUGGUUCUGAGCACCGGGGUCCAGAGGCUGCGCUGCCCUCGGGCGUUUGUUGAGGAACCAGACCUCUCAGAACCCGGGCGGCUCCAGCUGGUGGACCUGGACCUGUCCGGUUCCGUGGUUUCUCCCUCGGCGCUGCGCAGCGUCGUCUGCCGCUGCAGCCGGCUGCGCCGCCUCAGCCUGGAGGCGCUGCCGCUGUCCGACGACGUCCUCAGCUGCCUGGCCCAGAACCCGGACCUGCUGCAGCUCAACCUGGGUGGCUGCUCCGGUUUCUCCGCCGCCGCUCUGGCCGCCACACUGGGCUCCUGCCGCAGGUUGGAGCAGCUCAACAUCUCCUGGUGCAGCUUCAGCAGGAACCACGUCCAGAACCUGGUGGAGACCCUGAGCCCCUCCGUCACACACCUCAACCUGAGCGGCUACCGGGACAGCCUGGUGCUGGACGAUGUGAAGGUUCUGGUGGAGCGAUGUCCGGACCUGCAGACGUUGGAUCUCAGCGACAGCACGCUGCUGACGGCCGACAGCUUCCUGGUUCUGAAGCGGCUGAAGAAGCUGCUCCACCUGUCGCUGAGCCGCUGCUACCACAUCCACCUGGCGGCGCUGUGUGACCUUGGGAAGGCGAUCCCGUCCCUGCGGUUCCUGGACGUGUUCGGCCUGGUCCAGGACGGCCAGCUGGUGGCGCUGCAGGACGACUCGCCGCGACUCGCCAUCAACGCCCGGCCGUUCUCCUCCGUGGCCCGGCCCACUCCGGCUGGCCCGGUCGGCGCCGCCCAGCCCGACCGCAGCAUGUGGGGCCGUGGAUGCAGACUGAAGGUCCGGUUCUGACCGGACCUGAGGGUUCCUGGUUCUGUUCAGUGUUCCUGGUACCGGGGGCCAGAUGGUGGACUUGGCCUCCUGUUGGGCGACCCGGCCGCUGUUGGACUCUGCCGGUUCUGAUGAUGUUAAAAGUUCUGAAUGGUCUGCUGGAAUAAUGACUCAACGCUGGAAUCACUGAACAGUUUUAAUGGAAGAGGAGGUUCUGGUUCCGACGGGUCCAAACGCGUCCCAAAUCAUUCCAAUCAAAACCGGGAAAUUAAACACGGAUCCGUUCGGUUCCGAUCCAGUUUUAUACUUGAAAAUGUUGACAGAUUUUCUCUGAAUCGUGUUUGUAUUAAAUCCUGGAAGCUGUGUGAUGUCA